CAAUAGUCCUCUGGCGAUCUUUUAAAUUCCUUACUAUUGAGGAUGGUUAAUUUUAAUUAAUUCCUUGGAAGUCUGUUCUGGAAGUUUACAUUUGAUGUAAAAUUUUAGUUCGACAGUAUUCUGGGCAGUGGUAUAGAUAACACGCCAUUCUUGAAAAUCUUACCUACAGUUUUCUGGACAUUGGGGUAGUUAAGUACAUUAACAAGAUAUGUGAAUUUUUUAGAUGGCAAAUGUUACGGAUGAACGUAGUUGUAUCAUAUUCUUGUAAGAUCGAUCCUUCGGAUUGUAUUCCCAACAUUCGCUUGUGACCAGUAUAUCAACUGCAAUUGAUUGAUUUGAUUUUCUUUUCUUAUUAAGCAUCAUAUAAAGACCCGUCUAGACAUCUCAGUUUAACUGAGACACACUGCAACAAACGUUUCAAAGGACAGUCACUCAUGUUCAUCCUUUCUACAAAACCUCAGUUUCCGAAGGUCGUAUCAAAUACUCUCCACGUUAAUAACUGAAUUGGUUCUUUAUCUCUCCUUAAUAUCGGUUCUCGGAUGUUUUUGAAAAAGGCAAAAAUAGUCAUUUUAAGCUACAGUUGUGACUGAAAGCUCUUCACAUGUUUCCGCAUACAUAUUAGCCCACGAAUAUCCAACUCCUAUCACAAUUCACCUACCCUAACUCGGCUUUCUAAGCCUAGCCAGAAUAUCUCAUACACUGGCAGUAUUAUUCUUAAUAAAAUUACCGUCACAUCUGUCAGGUAGAUGUGUUAGGAUGUUUAAAGUUAAUCCUGUCGAACACGAUAGAAAUCAAACACAAAAUGGGACUCCGAAAGGGUCAUUUUUAUCUGGAUUAUGUCGUGGGGUUUGCCGUGUAUUAGCCGAAUACAUUCAAAUAGUGUUUCUUAAACACAUUCGUAAAGCAUUGAAUUGGAACUAAUUUGAAAGCACACACAGUAUGUCAAGUGGUGGGGCAACUAGUGUAGUGACGAUGAAAGCAACCGCAUCUGCAUUCCCACAGUCCAAUUCACAAGCACAAAAACAACAUUCACAAAAUAAUUUACAACCAACAAAUGUGUUUGAUCAACAAAUUCAGUUACAACAGCAACAACAUCAACAACACCAGCAACAUUUGUUACAACAACAACAAUUACAGCACAAUCCAAGUCAGCAUUCUCAAUUGCAUCGACUAUCUCAGCCACAUUUAUCUGCAUCAAUUCAUCCUGUUCAAUCGAUUGCUCAAAAUGUUGUUGCUGCCAGUGGUCAUUCAACUCAUCCAAGUGUCUUUCCAAAUGCUGAAUUUUUUCAAACAUUACAACAAACUGCCGCAGCGGCUGCAUUACCAACUGUAUUACCAUACGAUCAAUCACAAUAUAUUGGUCAAUUAAUGUAUUUUCCUUAUCCCACAGCUGCUGCUGCUGCCGCAAAUGGAUUGUUCAAUACUGGACAAUCAAAUGAUACUACUACUCAUCAUAUGUCGAUUGGUUCGUCUACACCUGGUGGUAGUGGUGCUGGUAAUCAAGCAACAAUUAUUAAUCAAGCAUCGUGUCAUGCUACAGCUGGACAAUUAUUAACUGGUGGACUUGUAUCAGCCACACCUAGCGGAAUGAUGACUUUGAAUAAUGCUACUGGUUCGAAUCAAGUCAAUAAUGCUAAUCAUCUCUUUGCAUCUGGAGCAGGAUUAGUUGGAAUUGGUGGCAGUGGCGUCGGUGGUGCAUCCGGUUCAAAUGCGGUUUCUGUGUCUAAUUCCGCUUCUUUAGCACCUUUAUUUACAACUGCUCAUUUUUAUCCGCACCAUCAUACACAGCAAACUGGUCAACAACCGCCACAACAACAGUUUCAAAUUCAUCAUUCAUUACAACAACCGCAUCAUCCGCAUACAUCUGUACAUAUGCAACAUGUUCAAACACUUACAGGUCAUCCAGGUGUCCAUCUACAACAACAACAACAACAGUCGACCGCCGCCGUUGCUGCGGCAGCAGCUGCUGCUGCUGCCGCCACUGUUCUGUUGCCAAGCUCCAUAUCGUCAGCAUCACAACUUAAUAUGCUAUCCUCUCAACAAACUCAUCAACCGGUGCAUUCAACUUCACAAAAUCAUUCAAAUCAUAAUAAUAAUAGUAAUAAUAAUAGUAAUAAUGAAAAUUUACAAAAAACUGAAGAAAAAUUACAAUCUACUACACCAGUGCAUACACCACAAAAACAGUCUGAUCAAGAACUAUUAUCCCAGUCUACUCAACUAGGUACACCAUCUCAAGGAAAUAAUAGUAGUUUGGAUGCUAGUUCAACUACAGUGAAACGUGAUAACAAUGGUACAGGACAUUUUGUAUGCGGUGUAUGCGGUCGAGAAUUCGGUAUGCGAUGUCGUCUUAUCGCUCAUACUCGACGUCAUACUGGUGAACGUCCUUUUCCUUGUGCUGAUUGUGGACGAGCUUUUUCAGAUAGAGGAAAUUUACAACGUCAUCGUUAUACUCAUUCAAGUCAACCAAGAUUUCAUUGUACAGUUUGUGGAAAAUCUUUCCGUCAAGUAAUCAAUUAGUUAAUUAAUAUUUGCACUUGACGAAGUUAGUUGAUUUUAUUAACUCGAUUUUCAGAUGCAAGGUCGUGGAUGCCCACUCUUAAGGAGUCCCAUGCCAGGGAGAAAUAACCAUCCAGUCCUUACAUAUUUCUAUUGAUGGCCUAACUAAGACUAGUUCGUGAUUUGAAACCAUGUAAUCGGCGAAUCUUCUUGAUACUCCGACAGUAGGGAAUUAUGAAACAUUACCCCCUACUAUCUUGCUUUUUUAAAUCUCACUAAUCCCUCACAUCAUACCACUAUUACUGUUUAUGCAUACAUGUACAAUUGUGGGAUAUACACUGACCAUUUAAUCUGGCUGUUCUACUUUGUGACAGCUUAAACCGAUGCACACAUCUGCCAGGUUCUACGUUGCAUAUGCCUAACUACCUUGUUUCCAUUCACCUUUAAAUACCAGUGACCCUUGUAUAGUGGGACGAAAAAUAUAUAUGAGGAUUAUCUUGAGGAUACACAGAUAACAUCAGAGACAAUGUAAUAACGGUGGCUUAGUUGUUGAAACACUCAGCUUCUAAUUAAUAAGUUAAUUAUUGAUACUGUUUCGGUCUGGGUAUUCAAAUAAAGAAUCGCCAUUCAUCCCAUCAAAAUUGUGGCUCAAAAGUAAUAUCCAGCAUAUACAAUAGUUUUGAUAUCACAUUGAAUGGCUUCAUGUUUAUCAAAUCAUCGACGUUUUCAUUGUGCUGGAGCUACAGGUCGUCCUUGUCCUUUCUGUCAACGUUCUUUCCGUUCUUCAUCCAGUCUUCAGAUGCAUAUUCGGUGGAAACAUCGUGCUGAUGCUGCGGCAGCUGUAGCAGCAGCUGCGGCCGCCGCUGCAGCUAACGGUUCAUCUUCACUUUCUGAAGCAUUCACACAUUUACCAGGAUUAACAUCAUAUGUUACAACUGCAACAGUUAACGGAAUUCCAACAAUGUCUCUAAAUGGAAGUGAUCUUCAAAAUGAAACCCUCAUGUCUUCCACACCCCUUGCUUCUUCAAAUGUGAAUAGUAGUAAUGUUUCCAGUCUUAUGGCUCCUAUCACUAGUAAUAAUGGUGGAAGAAUGGAUUCUAUUUUAGGUACAACAACAACGACAACUAAUAUUGGAUCACCGAAUAAAAGGAAAUGGCGUCGAAAAUCUAAACCGAAGCAAGCUCAAAAUGCGUUUGGAAAAUUGGUAAGCAGUAGUUUUUUCCAUUCAUUUCUCAAUUAUUCUAUUAUUGGAAAUUUGAGACCAUAUAGUCCAAUGUGACACUAAUUCUUCAGCUUACUCACAGCUUCAAUUUCUUCAUCUUCCUCAGUGUGAAUGCGACAAAGGAUCAUUCAAUUUAUUUGCCUUCCUUACACUAACAGUCAUAACUCGGUAU